AUGUGGCUGCCAGCGGCCCGCAGCUGCUGCAGAGCCCUUGGGCAGGGGGGCCCCCCGCCGCCGUUGCCCACAGGGGGGCCCCUCAGGGGCAUCGCCGGGGGCCCCCCCUUUGCUGCUGCUGCUGCUGCUGCUGCUGCUAACCUCAUGAGCCUGAGUGGGGGACGCACUGCAGCAGCAGCAGCAACAGCAGCAGGAGCAGAAAGAGCAGCACGAGCAGCAGCAGCAGCAGCAGGCGCAGCAGCAGCAGCUCGGCCGCCGUUCCUGCCCCCUCUCGGGGCCCCUGCUGCGUCCCGCCGACCCCUGUUCCUUCCCCCGCAGCAGCAGCAGCAGCAGCUGCAGCAGCAGCAGCAGCAGCAGCAGGAAGGUUGCGUGUGUGUGUCACGGGCGGGUUUUGCUGCGCCCCUGUUCCCGGCGUGCCGGCUGCUGCUGCGCUGCGGCGUCCCCGGGGGCCUGCUGCGCCCCCCCGCCGCAGCAGCAGCAGCAGCAGCAGCAGCAGCAGCAGCAGCAGGGCCGGGGGGGCUGCGGCAGUUCGGGGGCCGCGCAGGGGGCCUGAAGCGGAAGAAGCAGCAGCAGCAGCCGGGGCUGCUGCAGCAGAGCGGGCGGGGGCGGCGGCUGGAGUUCUUUUGGCCGCAGCAGCAGCGGCUGCUGCGGGUGCCGCUGCAGCAAAACUCUCGUGCUGCACUUGUCUUUGACAGCAGACUGCAGCGCUUUCUUUGCUGCUGGAAGAGCCAGGGGCUGCAGCUGUUCAGGCCCUUCAGCAGCAGAAGCAGGAGCAGCGGGAGAGACGGCGGGCGAGCAGCAGCAGCAGCAGCAGCAGCAAUGGGGCUGCUGCAGCACGGCGGGCUGGAGGGCGCGCGGGCGAAGGCGCUCGCGCUGCUGCAGCAGCUGCAGCGCCAGGGCAAGCUGCAGCAGGACUUCAGCAGCAGCAGCAGCAGCAAACCCGAAGUCUGCCGCAGCGGCAUUGCUGGAGUUUAUUAUGAACCUGAAGAGAAGCUGUGGGUUGCUGCUUGGCAGCAAGCUGGGCUGCGCUGCUUCCGGGCUUUUUCCGUGCUGCAGUUGGGCUUUGCUGCUGCUUUCCGAGCAGCAGCAGCAACAAGGCAGCAGCAGCUCGCCCUCAACUACCAGUUCGUCAUGCAGAGACACAGGAGGCGCGCAGGCAGGCAGCCGCUCAAGUGA